UUCACAUGUUGCCUAGAGUGUAGAGAGCGCGUUGCCUCAGCUCCGUACAGUGUGGUUGCGUGUUGUGACACUGUCUAAUAAUUGAUGUUAUUUAUGUGCCUAUAAAUCUGCAGGUUUCUUGAUUGUUUGGCAUAGUCCAAGAAAAUUAAAUAGUUUCUGGGUUCCAAGUUCCAAGUUCCAAUACUCACUGCAAUGGCUAUGGUGGGCAAUUAUGGGUUUCUUGUUUUAUGUAUUCUGGGAAUCGUGGGCUCUGGGUAUGCUCAGUUGCAGAUGAAUUUCUAUGAAAAAUCCUGUCCCAAAGCCGAGAAACUCAUCCAGGAUUAUGUCAAACAACACAUUCCAAAUGCUCCUUCUCUGUCGGCUACCUUGUUAAGAAUGCAUUUCCAUGAUUGCUUUGUCAGGGGUUGCGAUGCAUCGGUGCUUCUGAAUUUCACGUCGAGCACCGGAAACCAAACGGAGAAGGUGGCGCCGCCGAAUGUGUCGCUCAGAGGGUUCGACUUUAUUGACAGAGUGAAGAGCGUGGUGGAGAAAGAGUGCCCUGGAGUUGUGUCCUGUGCGGAUAUUGUUGCUCUGGUUGCAAGAGACUCUGUUGUCACCAUUGGAGGGCCUUUCUGGAAUGUCCCGACCGGCCGGAGAGACGGCCGGAUUUCCAACGCCUCAGAAGCCAGAAGCAUUCCGGCGCCGACCAGUAACUUCACUAACCUGCAGAGGCUCUUUGGCAACCAGGGUCUUGAUCUUACAGACUUGGUCUUACUAUCUGGAGCUCAUACAAUCGGAGUAUCCCAUUGCUCGUCGUUUUCCUCUCGUUUAUACAACUUCACCGGGGUGUUUGGGACCCAAGACCCAUCGUUGGACAGCGAGUACGCGACAAAUCUGAGGACGAGGAAAUGCCGGUCGGUUAACGACAACACAACCAUAGUAGAAAUGGAUCCUGGGAGCUUCAAGACGUUUGAUCUCAGUUACUAUAAACUCGUGCUCAAGAGAAGAGGAUUGUUCCAGUCCGACGCAGCCUUAUUAACCAACCCAACAACAAGAUCGUUGGUCAACCAGCUAGCUGAAGGAUCGCUGGCAAAUUUCAAUGCUCAGUUUGCCACGUCCAUGGAGAAAAUGGGGAGGAUUCAGGUGAAGACGGGGAGCGCCGGCGAGAUCAGGAGAAACUGUGCGGUUGUGAACAGUUGAAGAAGACAACGAUGGGACUUUUGCUUUUUUCUUUGAUAUCAAAAAUUGUUUUGUCUUCAUCGCACGUAAAUUAUGUAAUUUGAUUAUCAUUGUGUCUUGCUUUAGUCCUAUUUAUG